AUGAGCUGUGGCACCAAGUCCUCGAGCAGCAGCACCAUUAGGAUCAGUAGCGGAGGUGGUGGUGGUGGCGGCGGAGGUGGUGGUGGCGGUGGUGGUGGUGGUGGAUCACGUAGGUCUGGUGGCUACUCCUCCAUGUCCAGUAGGAGAUACACCUCUGGAGGGGGUGGAGGUUUCUCUGGGAGAAGCUGUGGUGGAGGAAUGUCCAGGAGCAGCUAUGGAGGAGGCUUCAGCAGCGGCAGCUGUGGGAGGAUCAGCCGCAGCAGCUACGGGGGGAGGAUGAGUGGUGGCAGCUAUGGAGGAGGAAUGAGCUGUGGAAGCAUGGGAGGGGGAUUUGGAUCAGGUGGGGGUGGUUUUGGUGGCUAUGGAUCUGGCCUUGGUGGAGGCAGCUUUGGCUCCGGCGGGUACAGCGGAGGCGGAUUUAGCGGCUUUGGCGGUGGUGGCAGUGGUGGCUUUGGCGGUGGCGGCUUUGGAGGUGGCAGCUAUGGUGGAGGUGGCUUUGGAGGGCAGGAGGAUUGGGGCCUGCUCUCCACCAACGAGAAGCUGACCAUGCAGAACCUCAACGACCGCCUGGCCUCCUACCUGGACAAGGUGCGGCGGCUGGAGGACGACAACGCUCAUCUGGAGCAGCUGAUCAGGGAGUGGUACAAGACCCACGGCCCCACGGCUGCCAGGGACUACAGCCACUACUACAGGACCAUUGAGGAGCUGCAGCACCAGAUCGUGGGUGCAAAUGUGGACCUGAACAAGAUCCUGCUGGACAUUGACAACACCAGGAUGACUGUGGAUGACUUCAGGCUGAAGUACGAGACUGAGUACAGCCUGCACCAGAACGUGGCCAGCGACAUCAACGGCCUGCGCCCGCUGCUGGACCACCUCACCCUGGCCAGGUCUGACCUGGAGACCCAGUUUGAGUCCCUGCAGGAGGAGCUGGUCUAUCUCAGGAAGAACCACGAAGAGGAGAUGAAAGGCCUGCAGACCCAGUCUGGAGGGGAUGUGAGUGUGGAGGUCAAUGCCACCCCUGGCAUCAACCUGAUGGAGAAGCUGAACGAGAUGCGCUGCGAGUACGAGCGGCUGAUCGAGAACAACCGCAAGGAGGUGGAGAGUUGGUACGAGGCCAAGAUGGAAGAGGUUAACCAACAGGUCCACUCCAGUGGGCAGGAGAUACAAUCAAGCAACCAGCAGAUCUCUGAGCUGAGACGUGAAUAUCAGAGCCUGGAAAUAGAGCUGCAGUCACAGAUCAGCAUGAUAGACUCCCUGCAGUCCAACCUGGAGGACACAGAGCGUCGCUACAACCUGCAGCUGCAACAGAUCCAGGCCAUGAUCGGGCCCCUGGAGGAGGAGCUGGCCAGCAUCCGCUGCGAGAUGGAGAGCCAGAGCCAGGAGUACAAGAUGCUGCUGGGCAUCAAGACCCGCCUGGAGCAGGAGAUCGCCCAGUACCGGGCACUGCUGGAGGAAGGGCAGCAGGACUUGGUGAUACCAUCAGGAGGCAUGGGAGGAGGAAUGGGAGGAGGCAUGGGAGGUGGUAGAGGUGGUGGCUACACUUCUGGAGGAGGAAGAGGAGGAGGAGGAGGAGGGGGUAGCAUGAGUGGUGGAUAUGGAGGUGGUGGCAUUUCCUCCGGCGGUGGAAUGGGAGGAGGAAGCAGUGGAGGAGGAAUGGGAGGAGGAGGAAUGGGAGGAGGAGGAAUGGGAGGAGGAGGAGGAAUGGGAGGAGGAGGUGGAGGAAUGGGAGGGGGAAGUGGUAGUGGAUGUAGUAACAUUGGAGGAGGAGGAGGAGGAAGGAUCUCAGGAGGCAUCAGCAGUUCCCACUCCUACACAUCAUCAUCCCAGUCCCAGUCCUGCAGGAGCGGUGGUGAAAGCCAAGGCUGUGGCAGGAGAUCUUUUGACUAAGAACACACCUGGAGGACCCUGCAGUGCAAGACCUUUCAAAGAGAAAUUGGCCCAAAUCCUUUCCCUUCCCCAUGCUCCUCGAGGGAGGAAGCUGCUCUUAACAGCUCCUCAACGUUCCUGAUGCCAUCUGCCCAGCCAGGCCCAUCAGAGCUGCUCAGAAGGGCUCCUGCCCACCUGCCAUGCACACUAUGGGAUGCUUUGGGGUUUCAAUCAUGGGCACCUGGGACUCUUGCUUCAGAGAUUCAACCUGUUUGCUUCUUGGCUUCUCCUGUGUCAGGAAAAUGGCUCUAAUAAAA